AUUAAAUUUCCAUAAUUAAUUAAACAUUAAAACUAUCAAUAAAUCAUGGAAGAUUAUACACCAGUUGAUGAGGAUUUUCCUGGUCGUUUAUUACAUCAAGCAGCAUUAUGGGAUAAUGCUGAACUCUUGGAGGAUCUUUUACAUGGUGAUCAUUUACAGUAUAUCAACAAUCAAGAUUCAUGGGGUCGUACACCACUUCAUGCAGCAGCAAUGACUGAAAAAUCAAGAUGUCUAGGUGUAUUAUUAUCACAUGGUGCUAAUCCAAAUAUACCAUGUGGUCCAAGAGGACAAGGACGUACACCAUUGCAUGUUUCAACUGAACAUAAUCACAGUGAAAAUAUAAAGCAAUUAUUAGAUCAUAAUGUUGAUAUACAAAAACGUGAUAAUAAUAAUCAAACAGCACUUGAUAUUGCAGUGAUAAAAAAUGAUAAUGAUUGUAUUAAGUUAUUAAAUAAUGCUAUUGAAAAAUAUGAGAUAACAAAAUUAUCAUGUCAUAAUGCAUUGAGAACAGCGUGUUUACAAGGUGAUGGAUUAUUGAUGAAAAAUAUAAUACAAAGUAUUAAUAAUAAUAUUGAUAUUAUAAUAAAUAUGUCACCAGAUGGAAGUAAUACAUUAUUAUUUAUAGCAAGUGAAAUGGGAAAUAAAUAUAUUGUACAAUUAUUGCUAGAUAAUGGUGCUGAUUGUCGUUGUCAUAGUGUUACAAAAUAUUCACCAUUAUAUAUUGCUUGUUGUAAUGGUAAACAUGAUAUUAUUGAUAUACUACUACGUAAUAAUCCAGAACAAAUAAAAUUAACAAGUGUUGAAAAAUGGCUACCAAUACAUGGUGCUGUUAUAAAUGGUCAUUUGACAAUUGUUGAUAUGUUACUCAGGUAUGAUUAUCCACAAUAUUUAUAUGAUAAAUAUAAUGACACUAGUGGUGAGUAUGAAUAUGAAAUGGCAUUUGAUAUUAAUUUACAAGAUGUCAGUGGACAUAAUGUACUUUAUAUUGCAAGUAUGAUUGGUAAUAAUAAAAUUGUUGAUUAUUUGUUGUCAUAUAAAGUUAAAGCACGUAAAAUAAAUGAUGAUGAUGAUACAAUAAAUCCAACGACAAGUCAACAGCAACAACAACCAGCGCCAAUAACAAAAAGACGUAUAUCAAGUGGUAUACAAAGAUUAAUGUCAAGUUUAAAUUUUCGUUGUAAAAAUACAGAUAAUCAAAAAGAUGAUAAUAUGAUUUGUCCAUUAUUAAUUGAUAUUUAUUGUAAUAAUAAUAGUGAAACAGCAUUACAUGCUGCUGUUAGAGGACAACAUACUGAUAUUGUUAUUUCAUUAAUAAAAGCUGGUGCAAAUCCAAAUUUACCAAUAAAUAAUACAAAUUUAUUAACAAUUGCAUGUGAAUAUAGUAAUUAUAAAAUUGUUGAUGUAUUAUUAAAUAAUGGUGCUAUUGAUAAUGAUUGUAAUGCAUUAAAAAUAUCAGCUAAAAAAUGUGAUGAAAUAUUAACAGCAAAACUAUUAUCAAUAAAAUCAAAUCCAGAUUCUGAAUAUAAAAUUAAUAAAAAAUCAAUGAAUGAUAAUACACAACAAUCACAUUUUUCAGCAUUAUCAAAUUUUGGUAAUGUAACAUAUCCAUCAUUAUUUCCAAAUACACCAACAAUGAUUAAUUGGCAUAAUCAAAAAUGUCAUUUAUCACAAAUACGUGUUAAAUGGCUUAUUGAUGCUGUUUUAAAUAUUAAUAAAAAAUUAUCAUAUAAAAAUAAUGAUUUAGCUUUAUAUGCUAUAACAAGAAUUGAUAUAUCAUUAAAUUCAAUAACAACAGUACCAUCAAUAAUUUUUUAUUUACAAAGUUUACGUUAUUUAAAUAUGGCACAAAAUAAAAUUGAUAAUUUAAAUGCUGAUAAUAAAAAUAUAAAAGAUAAAUUAGCACCAGUAUUAGAAGAAUUUUAUUUACAAGAUAAUCGUCUUGAAAAAUUACCAGAAUUUAUAAUGAAUAUGCCAUCUCUUGAAAUACUUGAUGUAUCAAAUAAUAAAUUACAAUGUUUACCAGAUAAUUUAUGGAGAUCACCAAAAUUAAAAGAAUUAAAUGCAUCAUUUAAUUUAUUACGUGAUUUACCAAGUUUAUCAUCACAAAAUAUUGUAUUUAUAAAACAACAAUCACAACAAAAUGAUGAUAAUUUAACAACAAUUAAUAAUAUUAAACAUGAUGAUUCAAUUGAAUUUAAUUCAUUUACAAAAUUAACAAAUUCAGAAAUAAUACAACUUGAUAGACCACAUGUAUGGACAAAAACAAUACGUGUUAGUGAAAAAAUAAUUGAUGAUAUUGAACCAGGUGUUAAUUCAUUAUUAUCAUCAUUAAAUUUAGCUCAUAAUUUAUUUACAUCAAUACCAGUUGCAUUACCAUGUUUAGCUGUUAGUUUAUUACGUUUAAAUAUGUCAUAUAAUUCAUUAAGAUCAAUGGGUCAUAUAACAUCAUAUCCAUCAUCAUUAAAACAAUUGGAUUUAUCAAAUAAUCAAAUAUCAUGUUGGCCAAGUUUACCACAAGUUGAUUGUAAUGCUGAUAAAAUGGAACAAGCAACAACAGCAUGUUAUUCUCCAUCAACAAAUAUACAAAGUCCAAUGAUACCAUCAUCAUCAUCAUCAGUAGCAGUAUCAGCAUCAGCAGCAUCAUCAUCAUCAUCCUCAUCAAAUCGUCAAACAGCAACAUCACUACGUGAUAUUGUAUUAAUGUCUGUAUGCACACAUAGACGUCAUUUACGUCUUGAAAAUUUACGUACACUUGUACUUGCUAAUAAUUUAUUAACAAGAAUACAGCUAACAUCAAUUGAUGAUGGUGAAAUGAUAAAUAUUGAUGAUGAUACAACAAUACAUGAUAAAGAUAAUAAAACAAAUACAAAUAAUGAAUCAAAAUAUAAUUUAUUAUUUCCAAAUGUUAGCAUGUUGGAUAUAUCAAAUAACAAUUUAAAAGACAUACCAUUAAAUAUAAAUGAAUUAACAAAUUUAUCAGUAUUAAAUAUAAGUGGUAAUAAUGAUAUAACUGAGUUACCACCACAAAUGGGUUUAUUAUCAAGAUUAUGGAAUUUAAAUAUACAAGGUUGUCGUUUACAAGAACCACUUAAAACAAUGAUUGAAUCUAAAAAAUAUAAAACAAUGGAUGUUAUUGGUUAUUUAAAAUCAAUUUUAGAAGAUGCUAAACCAUAUGCAAGAAUGAAAUUAAUGAUUGUUGGUAUACAGGGUAUUGGAAAAACAAGUUUACUUGAACAGUUACGUCAAGAGGGUGAUGUACCAAGUAAAAAAAAAUCAACAGAACAUUGGGCAAAACGUAUGGGUAAUAAAAAUAUAAAUAAUAAAACAUCACGUGGUACAACAAUAUCAACAGUUGGUGUUGAUAUUGGUGAUUGGUUAUAUGAAAAAAAAAUACGUGGACAAUCAUCACAUGGUUGUGUUUAUUUUCGUACAUGGGAUUUUGGUGGACAAAAAGAAUAUUAUGCAACACAUCAAUAUUUUUUAUCAAAAAGAAGUUUAUAUAUUGUUGUAUGGAAAAUAAUUGAUGGUUUUAAAGGUGUUAAUGAAAUAUUUCAAUGGCUUAUUAAUAUACAAAGUCGUGCACCAAAUUCACCAGUUAUUAUUGUUGGUACACAUUAUGAUAUAUCAAAUGAACAAUCAGAAAUAUUACAACAAUAUAUUAGAGAUAAAUUUAUAAAUAUUGUUGAUGCUGAAAAACGUGGUUUACCAAAAGUCAUGGAAACAAUUGAAGUAUCAUGUAAAACACGUCAUAAUAUUAAAAUGUUAUGUAAUUUAAUAUAUGAUAUUGUAUUUAAUUUACGUUCACCAGGUAGUAAAGAAUUAUUAUUAGAACAACGUGUACCAGCAAGUUAUUUAGCACUUGAAGAUAUUGUAAUACAACUUGCUAUUGAUAAAAAAUUAGCUGGUUUUGAUCCAGUAUUACGUGCUGAACAAUAUUAUACAUGUGUUAAUAAUGAAUUAAAAAAAAUUAAUCGUUCAUUUAGAGAUCCAGCUGAAUUACAUCAAGCAACAUUAUUUCUUCAUGAAAAUGGUAUAAUAUUACAUUAUGAUGAUGCAACACUUAAAGAUUUAUAUUUUUUAGAUCCACAAUGGCUUUGUGAUAUGUUGGCACAUGUUGUAACAAUAAGAGAAAUUAAUCCAUUUGCAAGAUCUGGUAUUAUGAAGUUGGAUGACAUACAACAUGUAUUUAAAUCAUCAACAAUAUCAACACUAGAUACACAAGGUUAUAUUGUUAGUUUAUUAAAUAAAUUUGAAGUUGCAUUAACAUGGGAUUAUCGUACAUUAUUAAUACCAUCAUUAUUACCAACUGAAGAAGAUUUAAUACGUAAUAAUCAAUAUAUUAAAAUUCCAUUAAAAUCACGUAGUUGGCAUGUUAGAAGUAAAAAAAUUACAUCACCAAUAACUAUUAAUUUUAAUAAUGAUAAUGUUAAUGCUAAUGCUAAUGCUAAUACAACAACAACAACAACGACAAAAUUAAAUCAACAACAAUGCUCAUUAACAUCAAGACCACAAUCGGAUUGUUCAAUAACACGUUUACUUAUUAUGUCAUAUUUUCCAAGUGGUUUUUGGUCACGUUUAAUAACAAGAAUACUUGCUGAUGAUGCUAUUGUUGAUAUUGUCAUGUCAUUUAUAACACCAUUUAAAGAUUUUGUUGAUGAUAAUAUAUUUGCAAGUAUAUUAGAUAUUAAUGCUGAAUGGAUUGUAUGGCAAACUGGUCUUGAAUUAAAAUAUGCUGGUAUAACAUUAUUACGUAUUAAAGAAGUUAAUUGUAAAAUAAAAAAUUCACCAUAUGAUUAUCGUCAAUUAAAAUUUAAAUUAAAACAAGAUGGUAUAUGGUGUUUAGUUGAUUUAAAAAAUUCAGCAAUACUUGAAAUAUGGUUUCCAGUUGAUACAUUAGUUAUAAAACAACCAAUAUUAUCAAAUACAUGUGGUAAAAAUACUAAAGAUAAAGAUAAAGAUCAAGAUCAAGAUGAAGAUGAUGAAGAAGAUGAUGAAGAUGAUGAUGAACCAAUGGGUUAUCAAGCAAUUGUUGUUGAACCAAAACCAGAAAGUAUGCCACAAUUACUUGCAUUAAUUGUUGAUCAUAUUGAUAUAUUAUUAGAAGAUUGGUAUCCAACAUUGGGCACUAGAUUUGUACAUACAUCUGAAGGUAAAUUAUUAGUUACAAGAUUAAUACCAUGUCCAAGAUGUUUAUUAAAUAUGAUUAAUAAUAAUGAUGAAGAAAAAAAUUCAUAUACAUUAACAAAUGAUUAUGAUGAUGAUGAUAAUAAUAGUACUAAUAAAAUUGAUGAUAUACAAAAAAUAUAUUUAAAAAAUAAUGAAAGAAAAAGUCAAGAUAGUUAUAAAUCAGAUGUUGAUUCUGGUGUUGGUUAUGAUUCAUCAACAUCAAGUAGAAUGCCAUCAUUAGAAGGACAUCCAGAUGUUAAUUAUCAUCAAAAAUUAAUUGAUGAUACAAUUGUAUAUUCAUGGAUGGUUGAAGAAUGUAUAUUAUCAGCCUACAGUAAUAAAACAAUAACAUGUCCAAAACAUAUGGAUAUACCAUUAUCACAUAUUGCACCAGAUAUAAUAUUUAUGGAUUUAGGAAUAAAAAAUUUAAUAAAAACAGAUGAUAUUAAACGUGGCAAGAUGCUUGGACGUGGUGCAUUUGGUUUUGUAUUUAAAGGUGUAUGUAAACAACCAUUAACAAAUAAUAAAAUAAAUGUUGCUAUGAAAAUGUUACAACCAGUACCACCAGGACCAAAUUCAAAACAAUCAGCAAUAUUAGCAUAUAAAGCAGCACAAAGUAAAUGGGAUCGUGAUCCAUUACAAUAUGCAUGUAAAGCAUAUUGUACAGCAAGACAAGAAUUAAAUAUAUUAUUAACAUUACGUCAUACAAAUAUUGUACCACUUAUUGGUAUUGUCAUAAGUCCAUUAGCACUUGUACUUGAUUUAGCACCAGAGGGUGCAUUAGAUACUGUAUUAAAAAAUUAUCGUAGAUCAGGCACAAAGUUAGAUUCAUUUACAUUACAAUCAAUAAUAUUACAAGUUGCUAAAGCUGUUGAAUAUUUACAUCAACAACAUGUUAUUUAUCGUGAUCUUAAAUCUGAAAAUGUAUUAGUAUGGAGUAUACCACAACCAUUUCAAACAAAAAUUAAUAUAAAUAAUAAUUAUGAUGAUAAUAAUAAUAAUUUACAUGUUGUACAUGUUAAAGUUGCUGAUUAUGGUAUAUCACGUUUAACAUUACCAUCUGGUGCAAAAGGUUUUGGUGGUACUGAAGGUUUUAUGGCACCAGAAAUUAUUAAAUAUAAUGGUGAAGAAGAAUAUACUGAAAAAGUUGAUUCAUUUUCAUUUGGUAUGUUUAUUUAUGAAUUAAUAACACUUAGACAACCAUUUGAAGGACAUGAAGCUGUUAAAGAAUGUAUACUAGAUGGUGGUAGACCACCAUUAACAUAUCGUGAAACUCAAUAUCCAUGUUAUAUUCUAGAUUUAAUGGUUAUAUGCUGGUCACAAAAUCCAAAAAAUCGUCCAAAUGCAAGUCAAAUUGUAUCAAUAGCAUCAGCACCAGAAUUUAUACAUUUAAUUGAUGUUACAUUAUUAAAUGAACGUACACAUGUUACAGCAAUAACAACAACAACAAAAAUAUUUGAUGAUAAUAAUUAUGGUAAUGAAAUAUGGCUUGGACAUAAUAAUGGUGAAAUUGAUAUGUUACUAUCAAAUGACAAAGGUUGGCUACAACAUGUUAAUAUCGAAACACCAAUAAUACCAUAUGCAAUGUGUGGUGUUGAUGGUUAUAUAUGGAUUGGUGAUAAUACCGGACAAAUACAUAUUUAUUUAGGAACAAAUUUUGCAUGUGUUGGUAAUUUUAAUUUAGAAAAUGAUUAUAAUUCAGAAUCAAAAGUCAUUGGUUUAUUAUACAUUGAACAAAUUAAACAAUUUGUUGUUGCAUUACAUUCUGGUAAAAUAUAUUUAUUAACAAAUAAUUUUACAAAUAUACGUAAAACAAUUAUAAAUACAAAUAUUAUUGAUAAUAAUAUUAAAACAUAUUCAAUAACAUCAAUUUAUCGUAAACGUAAAAUUAUUGAAUUAUGGACUGGUCAAAGUUUCGGCAAAAUUAAAAUAUAUAUUAUUAAAGAUAAUGGUCAAUUAAUUGAUACAUGUGAGCUAUAUCAUAUUGAUAAAAAUCAUGUAAAUUGUAAAAAUUUAUUUGCAACAUAUUUAUUAUCAUCUGAUAAUUCAGUAUUAUCAUAUACUUAUCCUGGUUGUAUUGUUUAUCAAUGGGAUAUUGAUACAAGAUUAAUUAUAAAUAAAUUAGACAUGUCGAAGCUGGUACCAUGCUCGGAAAGUUUAAAAUCAAUAUCAAUUGAAGAAAAUUUAACGAGUGAAAGAUGCCAAGUAACAUCAUUAGAAACAUGCAGUAAUCAAUUGUACAUUGGUACAACAUGGGGUUGUAUUGCUGUUGCUGAAUGUGAUUCAUUGAGGCCAAUAACUGUGUUUAGACCAUUUGAGGGUAAAGUAUCACAAAUCAUUGCAUUUAAAUCAAUUGAUAAAAAACAAUUGUCACUUGUUACUGUUGGACAAGGAUACAGAAGUUUAAUAUCAAGGUACACUGAUUAUCCACUUGAUUGUUUAUUUGCUGAUGAUGAUCUUAGACACAAUAUGUACACUUUGAUUUGGCGAUCAGAACAUUGGUCUGCUGCAUAAAUUAGACUAAAUAAUAAUUCUUAAUACGUCCAAAUAUAAAAUAGUUUAAUACAGUUGACAGCCAAACAAAAUAUUUAGAGUUAAUAUUUAUA